AUAAAAUAUAUAAUAAUUAGAAAAGUACAGAUAUUUUAAUUUAUAAAAAGAUAGGUUUCUAAAAGAAAGGAUAAAUGAUUGAAUUUACAGCUUUACUGUUACUAUUUUGUUAUUUACUAAUAUUACAAAAUACAAAUCAAAUUGUCUUUUCGUCGAUGACAAGAGAGAAGGAGACAGCGAAUAGUCGCUCUUCGUCAAUUCAAUCACUCUCGACGCGAAAAGUGCUGCUGCCAUUGCCAGCCGUUUCCAUGCAUGUGCAGCACGCUAGCUGCAAAGAUUCCGAACUGGCAUCAACAAUGGUCACACGCUUACGUAUAGCGUUUCAAAGUAAUGACCGCGAUGCAAUACACGUGUGUUCGAAAGAGUUGAAGGACGCGACGCGGUGCGCGCGCUGCCGCACAGGCAACAUGCAUACGUCACAUCACCUGUAAAUCCUGUAAUGUGCAUUCGUGUAGCGGCUAUACGUGCAUGUGCGUGUGUUCACACGCGAGUACGCCGACAUCGGCGGACGUGCUCCAGGAGGCGGGGGCGCGGUAACAGGUGGCUCCACGUCGCGGCAGGUGAAUCGUCUGACCAGAUCACUUCGGACUUGGCUUUUUUUGUGUUGCGCUGUGUUGCGCCUUGCGCCUCAACCACCGGGCUCCCCCGUUCUCUCUCUCUCUCUCUCUCUCUCUCUCUCUCGUUCCAAGUAGUCACCCAUUGUUUUCGCGCUGCUUAUCUCGGUCUUCGCUCAUUCCCGCCCCGACCCGCACCAGGUGAGACCGAGCAGCCAGCCGUAUUUCCCAGCAUCCUUCCCCGACGACGACGUCACUGUUUUCCCUCGUGCGAAGGAAUGACGUGCACGACGGUGCGACAUUGCGGCCGAACGGCACCCUGAGGCGAGUCAACGUCGUCGUCAACGAGAAGGCGGAGCGCGUUGUCGUUGUCGCCGUCGCUGCGUGAGGAAGAAUCCCGUCGCAUCCGUGUUGACGGCGCGCCACCCUCGACAAACGAUCGCAUGAAAGGUCGCUCAAGUAGUAAGAUCAAAAGCGAAACAAUGCCGCCGUCCUCGCACACCAAUUGGACAAGGCCGUUGCUCAAGGGCGGACAGACCACACAGAUGCAGGCCGCCAGGCAGCAGCAACUGACGAUGGCGACAACGACAUCCUCGUCGAUGACCGUCGGAUGCAUUGGAGCACAGAAUCAAAAUCUCGUAGAGCAUCCCGCAACGCCACUCGACAAGAGGAUCAAGGUAGUCCUGGUGGGCGACGGCGAAGUCGGCAAGACCAGCCUGGUAGUCUCAUACUCCACCAAUGGCUUCCCUGGGGAAUAUGUGCCAACUGCGUUUGACAAUUACAACGUGGUGGUAAAUGUCGAUGGACAACCACUAAACGUCCAGCUGUGUGAUACUGCAGGCCAGGAUGACUUUAACCCACUGAGAUCAUUGUGCUACCCUGAGACAGAUGUGUUCCUAGUUUGCUUCAGUGUAGUAUGUCCUACAUCUUACAACAGCGUGGCUUCCAGGUGGAUCAAUGAAGUGCGAAAAUACUGUCCCAAUGCUCCAAUUAUUUUGGUUGGGACGAAAAGUGAUUUGAGAGCGGACGUGCGUCUGAUGCUGCAGCUAGCGAGAUACGGUCAGGGACCCAUCACUACUAUUCAGGGUCAUCAAUUGGCACAUAGGCUAGGCGCCGUCAGUUACGUAGAGACGUCCGCGUUGACGCAACACGACCUCAAGGAGGCCUUUGAUCAGGCAAUAGUCAGUGCCCUCAAUACACGGCGCGGAGGUGCCAGUCUACUUUAUCGGCGUAGGAAGCCGCCUCCGCUGUGGCGUAGAUGGUUGUGCUGCUGGGAACGGCCAUCCUCAAGCGAGACCUAAACACAAUUCUAUUUUUAAGUGUUAGGCUCUAAUAACUUCUUUAGAAUCCCUCUCUGUGAUCAUUGGUGGUCGCCCUCCUUUCUGUCAGAAUCGUCAUAGUCCUCAGAGCAUAGCAUACUCGGUAGCUGCGUUGGUCGAGGAUUAUAUUAUCUCGUCGUAAAAAUAGAACAGCUAAAGUACUUUGUUAUUUAGAUUUUAGGCAGAACGAUACUAUUAAUAGGUACUCGCGCAAACAAGAGCCGAGAUCAACUCCGUGGUUACACGCGAUACUUCAACGUGAUUCACUCAUUUCCAUGUAUUACCCAACAUUUUAUCAUUUUUAUACAUAUGUCAAAUGCGUUUUUCACGCAUUUACAAACUAACAAACUGCCAAAAGAACGCCAAAAUAUGAUAUUAACUGAUAAAACCGUGCCGAAAAUCAUCGUGCUAACUCAUGAGAAUAAACGAUUCGUAGUUAGAAGUUGUUCGGCGGUUUCGCGGUACCAUUUAUGAAUAUACUUUACGAGCGACUUCGUCGGGAACAAACGUUAGUUGAACUAGCAAUUCUGACAGACGGAGCGAGCGAGUGCUGCCUGCUCGUAAAAUUCCUGAGGCCGCGCACGGCAUAAUUUAUUGUAAUAUUAAUCAUUAUUUUCGUUACUAGCAUAAUGAUUGGCUACUCGCUGGUUGUGAUUUUUCGUGUACGUAAUAUCCUUGUUUUUCAAUUGUCGCGGUAAAGAUCGGUUCUUUCCCACAUUCUCUCUAUCCUCUCCUUUAUCAAGGAUAUUAGGUGGCCCUUAUUUUGUGACCACCAUAGUAAUGUAUAACAAUUGUAUAUUUUUUACUUGUUGCGACCUCUCGUAUAUAUAUAUAUAUAUAUAUAUAAAUAUAUUUAUUUUUUAAUAUCUCUUUGAUAUAUCGGUAUUUUAGUAGAGUAUAACAGUAGCUUUAAUCGGACACUUUUUGUAGAUCGACGAUAAGAUCGUGACAUCACACACAUAGAAUUUAUAUAGUGUAUAAGCGAUUUAUCCGAUUUAGUAACAGGAACAAUGAUAUUUCGUAAAAUGUUUUUUUUUUUUAUAUAAGCGUAUGUGAUGUAGCGUUUGUACGAGCGAUAUCAACCGUAUAAAAGAAUAUCAAAUACAAUACAAAUUAUUGAAAGGGAGACAGAAAAAAAGUUGAAUAUUGGACGUACUUGGGAUUGUUAGGAAGGUGUUGCUGUGAUCUUACUCGAAACUUUCUACCGGUAAUUCUAUUGUGCGUUUUGCAUAUGGAAUUGUAAUUAAUAAGACUGCAGAAAAGAUUCAAAGACUCUGCGCAGUAUCGUAGACUUAAUCAGCUGUAACACUUCAUCUCCAUCACAUGACAUCAUCAAAAAUAAAUUGUAUAUAAGUAUUUAUUCAUCGAAAAAACGAAAACAGUCUUUAUGUGUAUAUCAUUUAUGAUGCAAUCUGUCAAAAAAGAGUGUAUAAUUGGCACAAUUUCUUAUAUACGAAUGAAUAUCGUUAAAAUAUUAUAGGGAAAAAAAGAAAAA